ACACAUUUACGUCCGAAAUGUGGGUAAGGCCAAACAGUUUCCUGUGCCAAUGUAGAUUUGAGUUGAGUUGCGCACCCUGCGCUUUGUCGCUCCCUGGUGGCCACCGAUUAUCACUACACCCCGAGCAGGAACACUGCUCGGAACAUACCGCCUCCUGUUGCUGCACCUCACUGUGGGAUCUGCAGUCGACCUUUCAGGCUACACACAUGAACGCAGAAAGCUCGUUGGCGCGUCUCCCCGCUAUGUGCGACCAGGAGGACGGUCGGUGGAGUUUACCAGCACGGCGUCUCCUGCUCUGAGCCCGGAGCUGCUGGAGUAAACUGGGCUCUCGUCUUUGCGGGGGAAUUUUCUUCUCUUUUCUGUCUUUUCGGACCCAACUUGUCAGAGAAGCAGCAGAGGGAGGGAGGGAGGAGGCGGUUUGUUUCGUCGCUGUCUUCCAAGAAAGUGUGAAACAAGUGUAAAGACAGAGAGCAACAGAUGUUUUUGGCGAACAUGCAGCUGGCGGAGGAAUGAAAGCGGCAGCGAGGCACCGGCGGCCCUUCCAGCGGUUCUGCUGCUGCGGAGUCGGGCUGGUCGCCGUCAUUUGGCUCACGCAGGUCCUCCAGGCUCCAGAGACGAAGUCCUCCGGGCCUCAGCCAGGCGUGAACGGUGAGCUGCUGCGAUGGACACGCAGGUUGAUGCAGGAGAAGUCAGACAACCAGAGCCUGGAUGAGCCCCGAGCAGCCAUCCAUGAGUUUCCAGAGGACAUCUUUACCAAGGAGCAGAGGAAGAAUGGGGCUGUGCUCCUGCAUGCACUCUGCGCCAUCUACAUGUUCUACGCUCUGGCUAUCGUCUGUGACGACUACUUCGUCCCGUCUCUGGAGAAAAUAUCCGAGAACCUGCAGCUCAGCGAGGACGUGGCGGGGGCGACGUUUAUGGCUGCUGGAAGCUCCGCCCCUGAGCUGUUCACCUCUCUCAUUGGUGUUUUCAUCACUAAAGGAGACGUCGGAGUCGGCACAAUUGUGGGUUCAGCUGUCUUCAACAUCCUGGUCAUUAUUGGGUUGAGUGGGAUCUUUGCAGGCCAGACGGUGGUUCUGACAUGGUGGCCUCUUUUUAGAGAUUCCUCUUACUACAUCUUGUCUGUCCUGGCUCUCAUAAUGGUUAUCUAUGAUGACAGGGUUUACUGGUGGGAGUCCCUGGUCCUCAUGACCAUGUACGGGAUCUACAUCGUCAUCAUGAAGUUCAACUCCCAGAUCUCCGUGUUUGCGAUGCGGCGGAUGCGGAGCGGCAGACCGUGCUGCCGAGCGUCGGAGGGCGGCCCCGAGAGCAAGAUGGCAGAAGAGGCCUCGGCUUGCAACACUUCCAUGGUUCUCCUCAAGAAAGGCCAAAGCCACGGCGAAGAGUCUCAACCCGUCAUCAUGGUGGACGAGCUGCUCAUCCUCAACCCCCACAAGCUGUCCUUCUCCGAGGCCGGUCUGCGCAUCAUGAUCACCCCGCACUUCUCCCCCCGCACCAGGCUCUCCAUGGCCGGACGCAUGCUCAUCAGCGAGAGGCAGAGGCUGAGCAGGAGCUCCAAACACCAGCGAGACGGCGAGGCCGCCACAGGGUCCAGGAAGGGGUCGCCCAGCAACGACCUGAAGGGGUCGGGCUCCUGCAGUCUGGAGAACGGAGGAGGGAGACCCGGGAUAAGAGACGCGGAGUCGGGAGACAAGCCAGGGGCCGACGGGUGCCGGCCAGAGGAGGAAGACGAUGACGAGGAUGGCAUUUUUAAUCCUGUUCGCAUGCCGGGCAGCUGCUGUGCGCGGGUGAAGUGGGUGAUCACCUGGCCUCUGGGCCUCCUCCUCUUCUGCACUGUGCCUAACUGUAUUCUGCCACGCUGGCACCGCUGGUUCAUGGUCACGUUCGUGGCCUCCACCCUGUGGAUCGGUGUCUUCUCCUACCUCAUGGUGUGGAUGGUCACCAUUAUCAGCUUUACACUAGACAUUCCUGACUACAUCAUGGGUAUAACCUUCCUGGCAGCAGGAACCAGUGUACCCGACUGCAUGGCAAGCCUGAUUGUAGCUCGACAAGGCAUGGGGGACAUGGCCGUGUCCAACUCCAUAGGCAGCAAUAUCUUUGACAUCCUGCUGGGGUUGGGCUUCCCCUGGGCUUUGCGGACCCUUUUGGUGGACCAUGGAUCUAUAGUGUCCAUAAAUAAUAAAGGUCUUGUAUAUUCUGUCAUCCUGCUGCUGGCAUCAGUGUUUCUGACUGUGAUGAGUGUACAUCUAAACCACUGGAGGCUGGACCGCCGGCUGGGUCUGGGUCUGAUGUUUCUCUAUGCGAUCUUCCUUCUCUGCUCCAUCCUUUUUGGACAGAUGUAAGACCCGACGGUUGAGUUUCCCCCUUUCUUUAGACUCGUUUAAUAGAUUCCCUGUUUCCCACACAUACAGUUUAUCUGAAGCCAACAAAAAAAAAACCCAAAAAAAACAAGUGAAAGUGGCGUGGUUUUCCUUGUGACAAUUUCUGUGCACCUAUGUAGGAAUCACUAUGGUAAUGUUGUACAAAUAACACAGGUUUGUUUUGACUUUUUUGUUCGUUUUGUACAGUGCAGUGUUUGAUUACCGUCUUUAGACGUUCAAAUUUUGUCUUUAGGUUUUUUUGCAACAGCAAUUACGGAAAAGGCAGAUGAAGCAGCAAUAUUGUUAGAUAUUUAUCAACUUUAAUAAGAAAGUGACACUGAAAGUUGUGAUUUUAAAACCUUUUUUUGCAAAGAGAAACAUUUUGAAUCUAUUUAUUAGCAAUAAUUAAUCUGAAUUGUCAUGGUUUUUGUUUUUUGGGUGGGGCGUUUGUUUGGUGACAUCCUUUUUUCAGAUUAUUUUUAAGUGGAGGUCUUAUCAGAAUCCCACUUCUGUAAAGUAUUUAAUAUUUCUGUUAAAACUUCAUGUUAGCUUGCUGACGGUCUUGCUAAUAAACUAAUCUAAACAGCUUUCCGCUUGACAUAUAUACACAUUGUGUGUGUGUGUGUGUGUGUAUAUAUGACAACACUGUCACAAUGUUCUUAAAGCUUUCAGUUCACAGUAAGUUUUCGUAACUAUUUAUUUAUAUUCUUGUUUUUGAACCAACUGCAGCUAAACUGAUUAACUUAAGCUAACAAGCUAGGUCACCAACGUUAUCACAGGCUAGGGUAGUCUAAUGCUAACUGGUGCUAAUCUCACCGUUUCCGCUGCAGCUUCUGCCUAAAUGCAUCUAGCACUUAAUACACUACCGCACCUGACAGAAGGGGGGAAUGAGACCUGAGACAAAAAGAGAUGAUCACUGCUGUGUUGUGUUUGGGACAAUUUUUUAACAUGUUCUGAAUGUACACCCUCUGAUUUUAGCAAUAGUUCUCUGAUGAUAUCAGAUUAGUCGAUGUUAAAAUGCACAAUGUUGUGAUAAUGAUGUUUCGAUGAUUUUGCCUCACUACUUUAAGCCAGUCGGUACUGGUACUCCUUAAGGUAGGUAAAGAGAAUAACCUAGUACCACAGUAUUUUUGGAUCUUAGUGCAGAAAAGUAGCAUACUUCCUGUUUAGGUACGACAAUCGAUGUAAUGUUUCUUAAAUGUGUUUUUGUAAAAAAAAAAAAAAUAUUUGAAUUUAAUGAAAUUGAUUAUUAAAGACAAUCCAGAGAAACUAGAGUGUAAACCCAUGUAUAUUCACAAGAUGAGCCUGUGUUUUCUGAUAAAUCAGUCCUUGUAAACCAAUUCUACUGUUAUACAGAAAAAAAACCUAACAAUAUAGAUUUUUAUUUUACAGUGGAACUUGAAGUAUUUUGAUUGUUAGAUCUGUAAAUUCUCAAAGUUUCUUUAAAGGGAAAGGUUUUAUUUUUUUCCCAGGUGGUUGUAAAAUGAUCAUUGUCUACUUUGUAAUGUUUAUAAAUGUUAAAUAACUUGCAUAGUUUUACAAUAAUGACUGUUCUACAAAGACGUGUUCUGUGGUAUUUUGAUAUUUUUUUAAAAGAGAGCUGUAAUCCUG